AUGCAAUCCCCACAUACAGUGGGGAGCGUUGUUUGCACAACGCUAUCCCCACUGUAUGUGGGGAGCGUUGUUUGCAAAGCGCAGUCCCCACCUACAAUGGGGAGCGCUUUUUGCACAGUGUUAUCCCCACUAUAUGUGGGGAGUGCUGUGCAAGCAGUGCCUCCCCCAUACGUGGGGAAUUUACAAGGUACCGUGGGCCCCCUGACACCCUGCAAGUCUGCCGUAGAUUUUUCUAGGCCUCGGGCCCAGCAUCGUCGUCCGGCCUCACCUUCCGGCCCCCGCCGGCCCUGGCACCCUGGCCCCCAGCCACCACCGGCCCCUGGCCCUCUGCUCACCGUUGCCUCUCAGCCUGCAUCGCCCAGCUCUCCCCAGUGGCCCAGCUACUCCCCAGCCUCUGCUGCCUACAACGCCACCCUGGCCUAUGCCUCCCAGCAGCUCCCCAGCCUGCACCUCUCAGCAGCUCCCCCGGCCAGCGCAGCCAAGCAGCACCCUGGUGGCCCCGCUGCUCCGGCCACCGCCCAGCCCCACAACCGCUGCCCAUCGAAAACCACCGCUCAACCCACUGGCCACCACUAG